UCGUGUAGUUUUCGGCUCACUUUCCCGGACCUAGUCUAGGAAUAGAUAAGUAACGAUAACUAACCUUCUUAAGUAAGAAUUAUGGAAUUAUGGUUUGGAUCCUUUUAGGACGUUCAAUCGUGGAGGCAUCGUAGUAUCCUGGGCGAGAAAAAAAAUAAAGAGCACUAAAGAACUGAACAUGGUUACGGAACCCUAGGAGGCUGGGUUGGAAAUCGAAUAGGAAGAAAUAGAGAGUACGCCUAGUGAGACACGUGACUAGAAGUUAGGGGUCGAAGCGGCGCUGGUGAAGAGACAUCGUGGUUUCAGAAGAACUAAUGGAAAGAACUCUUCUCUGCAGAUAGAAAAUUCCUUUUCCUACUGCAGCACACUGUAUGCCCAGCCUUUAUGAAAGCCAACAGAGAAACAAAGCGCCUUUUUGUGGGUGGCCUUGGCCAGAACAUUUCUGAGGUGGACCUACAAAAUCAGUUUAGCAGAUUUGGAGAAGUUUCCGAUGUGGAGAUCAUUACUCGGAAAGAUGACCAAGGAAACCCACAGAAAGUUUUUGCAUAUAUCAACAUCAGAGUAGCAGAAACAGACCUGAAAAAAUGUAUGUCUGUUUUAAAUAAAUCAAAAUGGAAAGGUGGAACACUACAAAUUCAAUUAGCAAAAGAAAGCUUUUUGCAAAGAUUGGCCCAAGAGAGAGAAGAAGCAAAAGCAAAGAAGGAAAAGUCAACCAUAGGAAACGCUAAUUUGUUAGAAAAGAUGGGAGUGGUGGAUUUCCAUAUGAAAGCUGUGCCAGGGACAGAAGUACCAGGGCACAAAAAUUGGGUUGUGAGUAAAUUUGGAAGAGUCUUACCCAUUCUUCACCUAAAGAAUCAGCAUAAACGUAAAAUUAUAAAGUAUGAUCCAUCAAAAUACUGCCACAACUUAAAAAAAAUAGGGGAGGAUUUCACAAAUGCCAUUCCUAUAUCCAGUCUCACUUGGGAGUUGGAAGGAGGGAAUAAUCCUACGAGUAAGAAACGACAAGGGAAAUUUUCUGAUUUUCACUGCCCUCCCAACAAGAUAAUAAAAGUGCAGAAGGAUGAGAGCCCCUCUGCAUCUCUGGCUAUGAGAUCAAGACACUGUAGAGUAAUAAUGAAGAAUCCACACUUAAUACUGCAACAGACUGCUCAAGAAAUACACAGUGAUCCCAUUACUCCUAAAUCACACCGUGUACCUGAUUCUGAUAGUCAAAAACUUAAAAGAAACAAAAAUAGCUUAUCUAAUGAUGGUAUCAAAUUUGAAGGUGGAUUAAGACUAAUGAUUGCAAGAGAAGAAAACUUUGGGAGAACUUCAUGUUCCUCAGUAAAUGAAUCUGAAAAUGAUCCCUUUGAAGUUGUAAGAAAUGAUUUCAAAUCAGAUGUUCACAAACGGUCUUUAACAGAUUUAGUCAUCAAAAAUAAUGUUUCUUGCCUUGAUAGUGAAGAUAAUGUUGUGGGUAAUAAUUGUGACUAUGAUUCAGGAGAUACAGAUGAUGUUGCAAUAAAAAAAAAAGUCGGUAAAAUCAAAAAUAAUAUGGAAUUUUCACAAAUGGAAAAGUCUAUGUAUAAGAAAACUUCUUUGAAAGAUAAAAAAAACUGUGAGCUUUCUGAUCAUUAUAUUAAAGUACAAAAAAGAGAAAACAACGUAGAACUAGCUAUCAACAACAGAGUUAAACAUCUUAGUUGUAAAUCUCUGUCCAAGUCCAUUAGCAGUGAGGAUGCUGAUUCUGUGUCAGAAUCAGUGAACUUUGAGGAAGAUGAGUAUAACACCAUGAUGAAAAACUCUCUCCAUGUGACUUUUACUUUAGCUGACUUGGGACAGUUGGCUGGCAGUGACCUGAAGGCUUCAAAAGAAGAUACUAAGAGUGAGGGCUGGGAAACCAGCUCCAAGUCUGACAGAGCCUCUGAAAGCCACAGGACUUCUGGUAGCCUCCAUAGAAGUAAACACUGUAUUUAUCCUGAAGCGAUUGUGGCUUCCCUUUUAGAAGGAGAAGAGAAUGCCCCUGGAAAACAGAAAUCAAAUGAAAACAACUUAAAGCUAAAAUUCCAGCCAUUCAAGGGAACAGGUUGUCUCUAUGGGAAGGAAUUGGUGAAAAAAUCUAUGAAAGAGAAUGUUGCCUCUGGCAAUAUUAAUAAAAAUCAAACUUCCUCGAAACUUCAGGAUCCCAUUAGCAUGUCCCUGGAAAAUAUCCCAUUGGGAAAACUAACUCCUUUUCAAUGUGCAAAGAAAGCAGAUGAUCCAAACCAUAUUCAGCCUCAAAAGAGACAGUUCAUUUUUAAGAGCCAAAAUUACAAAGUGGUGUCCCCCAGCAGUUUAGAUAAGGGAAGUAUAAUUCCUAGUUGUAGUCUGUUGACAUUAAAAGAUAAGAAAUCUGCAAGUCUUGGUGCAGAGACUCCCAGGAGAGGCUUUGAGGAAGACUGUUGCCACAGGCCCACAACAACAGGAGAGGGAUCUGAAAAGGGGCCUGACCAGAGCAGCCAUGUGGUCCUUGAGAAAUCUCCAGAGGUUUCCUCCAGGAUGGACACUCAGGGAAGUGAAACUGACUUCCCACUUUCUAUUGGGGGUUCAUCAGACAUUAAUGCUAAGGACAAGCAAGCUGAAGAUAAUCAGAAACGUUUGGCAGCCUUAGAGGCAAGGAAGAAAGCAAAAGAAUUACAAAAGAAGCUGGUUCAUAAUGCCCUGGCAAAUUUGGACGAUCAUCCAGAGGACAAGCCAACGCACAUCAUCUUUGGUUCUGACAGUGGAAGUGAGACAGAGAUGUCCACUUGGGAGCAAAGCUGUCUGAUAGAGAAACCAGCAAAAGAAUUCUUGAAUAGAGCAUCUGGGAAGCUAUUUGACAGUGAUGAGAAGGAAUAUGAUUCUGAAGAUGACAGUAGUAGAUUCAGAAUUAAACCUCAGUUUGAGGGUAGAGCUGGAAAGAAGCUCAUGGAUUUGCAGUCUCACUUUGGCCCUGAUGAUAGAUUUCGAAUGGACUCCCGAUUUCUAGAAAGUGACAGUGAAGAGGAACAGGAAGAGGUAAAUGAAAAGAAAACUACUGAGGAAGAAGAGCUUGCUGCAGAAAAGUUGAAAGCCCUGAAUAUUAUGCAGAGUAUUUUGCAUAUCAGCUUAAGCAAUUCUGCAAGCAAAGGAUCAGUUGCUGCUAAGAGAUUUAAGGACAUCAUACACUAUGAUCCAACAAGACACGACCAUGUCACUUAUGAAAAAAAGAGAGAUGAUAAACCAAAAGAAAGCAAAGCAAAGCGAAAGAAGAAAAGAGAGGAAGCUGAGAAGCUACCUGUGGUGUCUAAAGAAAUGUAUUACAAAAUUGCUAUGGAUUUAAAAGAAAUAUUCCAAGCUACAGAAGAUACCAAUGAAAAGGAAGGCGUGCUCUGGAAUGAAGACUGUGAUGGAGAGAAAGCCAAGGAAGUCCAUGACCCUGCAGUUUUGAAGACUAGGGCCAAGCAGUCCAGCGGGUUCACAUUUUCCUUUUUUGAUUCAGACACUAAAGAUAUAAAGGAAGAGACCUAUAAAGUUGAGACAGUGAAACCUGGUAAGAAUUCCUGGCAGGGAGCUUCUUAUUUCAAAGAUGGCAGUUCAGAAGAAGAAGAUGUUUCUGAGGAAACAAAUGACAUAAAGCCCAGACCUGGAGAAAUAUCAUUACCUGAGAAAGAGACCACUAGAUUUUUCUUUUUCUCCAAGAAUGACGAAAGACUUCAUGGUUCUGACUUAUUCUGGAAAGGAAUGGAAGGUAAUGUCAAUAGGAAUUUUUGGGAGGCCAGAGCAAACAACUUGCGUAGGGAUUGUCAGAAGAAACAUAAAGAUGCCAAAAGGAGAGUGAAACUAAAAUAAAAAGUGUCAUUAUUGGUUUUGAUACUGCUUGUUCAGAAGACUCGCCUAUGGAAAUUGGAUGAACUAAAAAAUAAUUUUAGUUGACAAGAAAUUGGAAUGAAGGAAUAGUCAAAAUCUAACUUUUUAAUGAUGGGUAUCAUUCUGGUUGCUGUGGUUUUCUGUGGAUUUUUCUCUGUUUAUUCCUAGGUUCUUGAAAAAAAAUUAAUCCGAACAUUUUUUAUGAAGAACAAUAUAAUCCCUCAAAAAGAAAAUAUUUUUUGUGUAUAAUCUCUUUACCCUCUAUCAUCAAUAACUAAUGGGCAUCUUCCGAUGCAAACUUUGCUUAAAGCCUUUUAAAACGCAUGGGUCAGAGCACUUGUGUUUUACAAGUUAUGUUUUUUGUGAAGUAUAGACUACUUGAAAUAUUUCUUGCUGGUUGUAUUAAAUACAUCUUAUCUCCA